GAGUGAAAGCCUAAAAGGGCAGAGAGUGGGAGAGAGGCGGCGGCGGUUGCGGUGGCGACCUUCAAGCCGAAAUGGCGUUGUUCCGCAAUACCCUCAAGAAACUAGUUUCAUCCUCAGAAGCAACCAUCAUUAACCUCCCCUGCCUCCACACCCGCAAGUGCAACUAUGUGAAUGUCUACAUGAAAUGGAAAAAGGACUCUUAUUAUGACUCAAUUCCACAUAUCCUCUACUCCCCAUUCCUUAAACCCAUAACCUCCCUCACAAACAUCAUCUCUCAAUACCCAAAUGCCUGCAUCCCUGUUUCUGCCGUCUCCAAAAGGGGUCUCGAAUUGGACGUCCCCGUCAAGGUUGCCAGGUUUUUGAGACUCUACCCAUCAAUUUUUGAGGAGUUUGUUGGACCCCAGUAUAACCACCCCUGGUUCAGGCUCACCCCACAAGCCUUGGCGCUCCAUGAGGAAGAGCGCGCGGUUUGUUGUGAUCGGAAGAAAGAUAUAUGGAUGCGGUUGAAGAAGUUGAUAUUGAUGAGUAGGGGGAGGGUGCUUCCUCUAAGGGUAAUUCAAGGUCUGCGGUGGUAUUUGGGCUUGCCCCAAUCAAGUUUUGACGAGGGUUUUGAUUCUGAUUUGGGUUUUGAGGUUGUGGAGAUGGAAGAUGGGGAAAAGGGGCUAGGGGUGGUGUCGGACGAAAGGGUCUUGUCUGUAAUGGAGAUGAAUGCAAUGGAGAAAGGUACGCGGGAUGAUGAGGAAGGGUCAAUCGAGGCAAUUGAGUUUCCCCUUUAUCCCUCCAAGGGUUUGAGAUUGAAGAGGAAGAUAGAGAAUUGGAUAGAUGAGUUCCAGAAGGCUCCCUAUGUAUCUCCCUACGAGGAUUCUUCCAAUUUGGAUCCAACCAGUGAUGCGUCGGAGAAACGAGUUGUGGGUGUGCUCCAUGAGCUGUUGAGUCUUUUUGUGGAACACUCGGCAGAGAGGAAGAAGCUACUGUGCCUCAGGAAAUUCCUGGGGUUGCCGCAGAAGUUCUACAAGGCAUUUGAGAGACAUCCCCAUAUCUUUUAUUUAUCCCUCCGGAACAAGACCUGUACUGCCAUUCUCAAACAGGCUUACAAUCAAAACUCCGGCAUAGAGGCCCAUCCGCUCUUGAGAGUAAGAAAGAAGUAUGUCAAGUUGAUAAAGGAGUCGGAAGUGAUAUUGAAGAACAGGAGGAUGAAGACCAGAGGUGUUCAUCGUGAAGAUGUGGGUUUGGAUUUGGAUUCCGUGGAGAGAGAGACACAACAUUGAUAUGGGGGUGCAAAUCUGUGAAUUAGUUGUUGGUCUAAUCGGUACAACCAUUUAAUCUUGUUGAUUGUAAAAAAAGAAUAAAUUACCAAAUCUUUACAAAA